CGUCUGAACAGUCGGCUAACUUGAUUCGCGGCGUUUGCAAGUGUGAAAUUCACUAAAUAGCCAAAUAUCAGUGACACAAAGUGUAAAAAUAAUGACAAACUCAAGUAGAAAGCCGUGGUUCCAAUGAAAAAGUGCCAAGUAAACAAUCAACAAAUCAACUGGACAAAUAAUUGAAAACGGAAACGUCGACACAAUUGUGAAACCCAUUGAUUUUCCGUUACGCAGUGUUAUUGAGUGAUUAAAUCCAAAAUGCCAAUGUUACCAACGAUUGAGGAAGAGGCCAAGUUGUCCUGGCUUCGCCUCAUGUGGAAAUAUCGCCUUCAAUUCCAGUCCAUGGCUUCGGCUUCGAUUGUUUUCGUGGGCUGUGGAAUGCGCUUAGCCUGGUCAAUUUUCGACACGCCCGCCGGAAAGUUCCUCAACCACAAUAAUACCCAUAACCUGAUGAUGAGCUGGUUUAUUGGAGCCGCUUUGGGCGCCCUUUUGGCCGCCCUAUUUGUACAGCGUGUCACCAAGAACGUGGCAUAUACCUCCAGUGGCUUCCUGAUGAUCAUGGCUGGCAUUCUGAAUAUAGUUCUUCCCCAGCACUUUCUGGCCGCCUGCUAUAGUAGCGUGAGUGUGGGCGCAGCCUAUGGAUUGACCCAGGUUCAGGCCCUGGUCACGGGAUCAGAGGUGGCUCACAAGUCCAUUCGAGGGAUGCUCCUCAGUUGUGAGAAGUUAUUCCUGUGGCUGGGAGUCUGUGUGCAGGUGUUCUACACUCGCGUGUGGCGCAAUAUGAGACCACUGGAUACGCAUGGUUACGAAAUGCACAUUGAUCAGUUGCAUGGGAUAGCCAUAGCUGGAUUGGGAUUGGGAGCUGUUAUCCUGGCCCUAGCUCAUCGACUGGAAUCACCACUACUGUUGUUGCAUCAGGAACGGGAUAUGGCCGUGGGUGAUACCUUAAAAGCCCUACAUGGACAAUCUACCACAGAGUUGGUGAGAUUGCGGGAAGACUGCCGACAAUUGCAUAGUGCUCGAGAUUGGGAGAGAUUUGUGGAGGAGCCGGAAGAAUUGGUGGCAGGCUGGAGAGUCUGGGCGAGAAGACUGCUGCCCUUUUUCAAGGUCCUGCUACUGAGAUGCUUUGCCACACUGGCCGUGUCCUUGAGCUACAAUCGAGCCUUUGUGGUGGUCAGUUGGCAUGGCCUGGAAUGCGAUAUGAGCUGCAUGUACUGGCUGGGGUUCGCCGGUCUUAUAGGCAGUACUUUAGGAGCUUUUACAGUAGACUGGCAGGGUCGCAGGAAAUUCUGUUCCUUAUCGCUUUUCCUCUCCGGCAUUGUGAUUGUAAUGGUGGGCGGAGUCUUCGAGCAUCUGGAGUCCCUCAAGAGAUCCUUCUAUGACAUAAACCUCCUGGCCAUAGCUUUGCUUAUGCUUUUAUUCGAGGUUAUAGUGGCAGGAGGCGUGGCAGUUCCCGCCCUAAUAUACACAGCCGAGGCCUUUAGUAUCGCCCACAAGGCCAGAUGUCUAGCUGGUAUCCUAAUUCUGGAGCAACUGCUUCAGUUGGGCCUUCUUUUGGCCACAUUCGAGCACUACAUCACCGUUUCGGUGUUCUUCUUCACGAUCGGAGGCCUUAGCUUUAUAGUUGGUCUAAUUGUAUUUAUGUUUAUGCCAGAAACCAGGCAACUCACACUUUACGAGUGCCUGCUCAAGUUCAAGAAAGUUCCUUAAGGCCUCGCCGUAUCUCUAAGUGCCAAGUAUCUGUUAUCUGUAUCUAUCUGUUAUCUAUUUUUACGUACUCUACUCUACUUGCUAUAUAUUCUAUUCGCGUGCAUAUCAUUAUCUAUUAAAUACCUAUUCCUACGAUUUCACUUUGCCAAUCUGGCAACCUCAUAAUAUAAGUAAUUAUCUAAGCAAAAUACCCUUAUAUCAUUCGCUGUUAAUUCUAAUAAAAUUAU